CUGUUGAAUCAGCUAUGUAGACUGUUUUUAUGCGAUGAACUCUGCGCCGUUUCUUAAGAGCAAGGCUUUUAAGGAAAGAGAAGAAACUGCAAGAGAAAAGCUACGGCAAGCUGCCAAGCGAGAUCUACUCGCAGAUCUAUCCAGGUUGUUUGGAGACACAUCCUUUAGUGAUGUCACAUUUAUGAUAAAUGAUGUUGAAUUUCAAGCCCAUGCAGUUGUUCUCAGAGCAAGAGCUCCAAUUUUCUGUCAACAUUUUCUUCCAAGAUAUGCCUCCCCAGUUUCUGUCCAAACAUACAUCCAAAUAAAUGGAAUAGAGGCCAGUGAGUUUGAGAAAUUUUUAAGGUCUGCUUAUACACAAGAUGAUUUUAAAGAUUACAAUGGAUCAAGCCACCCUUGGAGAAAAGAAAACAUAUCAAGUGUAGUAGAUGGAAUUGACCAUGUUGUUGAAAGUGAACUUAAAGAGGACAGUUACAGUUGUAAAAUAUUUGAAAAUGAUACUGGUAGAAUUCAUGACAAGCUUCAAAAAAAUGCCCAGUCAGAGGUCUGCGCAGGGAAGGAAAGUACUGUGCAAGCACCAAUGGAGCCAGAGGAAUUUUUUGGCAGUGAUGCUACUUGCACUCAGUCGUAUUGUAACAUGAAUGGUAAUAGGUCAGGAACUGUUGGUGACAGCAAUGUAAUGGGAAGUUCUGAAAGAGAAGAUCCUAGUCAACCUACAGAUAAUGAUUAUCAGUCCGACUCCAAACUGCCACAAGCAAGUUGUAUGAGUAAUGAUGGAGGAAUUGAUUCACAUCUUAAGUUAUGUGACUAUUUUACUGUUGACUGUGGUGACAUGCCAGAGACUGAUGCAUUAGAUGUAAAUCAGCAGCAACACAAUUUGGAAGCAAAUCUUCAUAGUAGUGAUUCAGUUGAUGGCCCUGGUAAUGUGGUUGAAGAGGAAAAUGUAGAAUCAAACUGCCUUGCAAAUGGAUUGGGAUGUGACUCGCAUGUUACACACUCAAGCUGUCUCUUUAAGAACCAGGUUGCUGAAGUCAAGACAACAAUUGAAACAAAUUAUGGAGUGACUUCAGCUGGUGGCAGGAUUUUGGAGAAUAGUUUCAAAACAAAGCGAGAUCUUGCUCCACCAGUGAAUGAACCAUCAGUAGAUGAAUUAAAGAGCUGCAGUUGUACUCUUGGCCAAGAUUUACUUCAGUUGUUGAUGAGUGAAGUUGGAUCUGAUGUUGUCUUUGUAGUCAAUGGAAGCAAAGUUAAAGCUCACAAAGCUAUUCUAUGUGCACGAUCUAAUUACUUCUCAGCCAUGCUGUAUGGUGACUGGAUUGAAGGGAAAACUAAUGAGAUUCCUCUGAUUGGUGUGAAUUACAAUGGUUUCAUGGCUGUCCUGAAGUAUAUUUAUGGAGGAACAGCUCACUUGACGGGUGAUUUUGCACUCAUAUGUGAUGCACUUCCUCUUGUGGACAUGUAUGGGCUGGAAGGACUUAGAGAAAUCAUUAAUUGUACUUUAAAAAUAGACAAGUGUCAUAUGUUUCACAAGCCUUGUGCAGAAUGUCUGACUGGUGUUCCUGAGUGCUUGGAAGUAUCAGAGUUGUUUAGUCUUACUGAACUCAAGAAAUCUUGCAUCAAGUGGAUGGCAAAACACUUUGAUCGUACUAUGGGUACUAAGGGAUUCGCUGCACUUCCCAAGCCACUCCAGGAAGAAAUUUUGGCUGAAAUCCAGAGAAGCUUUGUCGUAGCAUCAGGCAUAGAAGUCUUGAAUCAGUGUGACAAACUGUCUUCAUGUACACCACUGGUCAAGUGGACUGAGCCUGUUCACAUGGCUGUUUCUGCUGUCCAAGAAUCUUGUCUGUUGUUUUUGACUCGGAACUUUUUCUCUUUAAUUGAUGAAAGGAGCUUUCAUGAAAUUUUAAAGGGAGUAGGUUGGUCAGUGCCUGUUUUGGAAAAAAUUCUUUUUGCAAUCAAGAGGAACCUAACUAUUGAAAAUUGCUGCGACCAACUGAGGGCCAUUCUCAAGCUACAAAGGGUUCUCAAAGUGAAGGCACUGGAGGAGGAUGAGGAAUGCUAUCCAGAGGAAGUAGCUGAUCUUGUGAUAAAUUUACACAAUGACUGCGUCAAGUUUAUCAAAUCCAACCUUUUUAAAGUCACCCGAUCAGAAGGAUGGAAGAAAUUAAAGCUUACUACCAAACGGGAGGUAAAGGAAGGUGCGGUUUUUAGUGGUCUGUUUGAUUCAGGUGAAAAUCUUAGUGGAACAAGGAGAAGCGCACUGAGUUCUUUACAAACGUCCGCUAGGCCAUCAACUAUGAGAGCUUUUCAACGAGUUGCAACUGAAUCUUUGGCGAGAGGACAAGGGAGAGGGAACUCUGUUUCGGACAGGAGCUCUCAGCGUAGUCACCGUAGUAGGCCCACGUCAGGUAGGAGCUCCCAAAACAGUAUUGGACUUGCGCCUACGAAUAUGCGGCCUUCCUCAGGACGGUCCACGACUGUUAAGAAUAGUGUCAAAUCAGUCCGUGGAAAAAUAUCUUCCGCGACGAGCAGUGAUUCUGGAAAGAGACCUUCGUCAUCUCGGGCUUCAAUGCCCGUGGAGAGCUCAGGAAUUUCUUCUUCGUUGACAAGAAACUAUGAUGGAAACUUGCUAACUAACUCACGAUCUACUCAAAAUUCUUCAGCAUCAGGCCAUAGGGGAACACCAUCAAAGACCUCUUCUGCUCAAAGCUCUCAUCAACACACUGCAACAUCUGGUAACAGUACGAGGUCUUUACGGAAUCAAAAUAGUUCCAACGCGAGGCUCUCGUCUGCUAAAAAAAAAUCUGGCGCUAUAAGAAAGGUCCCAUUAGUUUCCAGGCCGCCUGUAUUGAAAGGCACUAACCGAGAUAUUAACAGUACCUCAUCAAAGCGAAUCGUAAGAGACAAGCCCCUUUCUGCACAGGGCUGUGUGGCACAAACUAAAAAGGUAAAAAAAAACUCAAAGAAGGUUUCGGAAAACGCUAAGGCGAAUAAACUGUCUAAAAAAAAAAAAGGGAUGAGUUCAAGAAAGAGUCAAGACCUAACAAAUGGAUCAGAGGCUAGCAAUGAACCGAGACUAAGAGAAAGUGUCCAAGCGACAGAGGAUGGAAUUAGUAGAACGAGAAAAAUAGAGGAAUUCUCAGACAACAAUAAAGACAAUGGUGUUUCACAUAAGGGAUCACAAGGUGGUGCCCAGUCAAAGAGUUCAGAGGAGCAGAAGCAGUGUGCUACGUCAACAGGGGAGUGGACUCCAGAAAACAGGGAGGAAGGUUCAUCACUCUUCAAUGAAGCAGCUUGUGAGAACGUUUCCCAGUAA